GCGGGCGGGCGGGCGGGCAGCGGCGCCGCGGCCGCGGUCCCCAUCGGCACCAAUCACACCGCACACACGCCCGUCCGCGCCCCUCCUCGGCAGCGCCAGGGGCUCUUCCUCCGCCGAUACAAAGCUGCUCGGGAAAUGGCAGCAGUCAAAAGCAAUUUUCCUUCUUUAUUUUUAUUUUCAUUUUUUAAUUAAUUUUUUUUCGCGCUCUCUUGUGCAAAAGAAUUAAUUUCCUAAAUACAUACAGUAUUUUUUUUAAUUUUUUAAUUUUUUUUUUGGGUGUGUGCGUGCGUGUGUGUGGAAGCAUCGGGCUCCUGCGAUCGGUGUCUGAAUGAAACUACGUAAAUGCAUAUGUCUGUACGUUGCACUGGAGGGAAAAACAGAGCACUUCUGCGAGAGCUUGGAUUCAAAUGUGGUUCAUCUGGUCUCCAGGAUUUUCCGUCUCUUUGGGGUUGUUCGCCUUCCCGGGCUGCAAGGCGUUAUUUUCUGAGCUUUGACACAUUUUUGGAGAUGUCUGUUAAACAGAAGUCUGGGAAAAAACAUUUGAAAUAAUAGAAAUAUUUUUUUUUGUCCCUUUCCCAUCCCUUUGGUGACUUGAAGCAUCAAAGCGGCCAGAACUUAACCUUUCUGAAGACUUGUGAUGUUUGGAUUUUAUUGUUGCUAUUUUUCUUUUAGAGGAAACUUGACAGAGGAACAUAUUUAUAGUCCAAGUAAGUACUUUACAGAGGAAAUUUAGUUUGUGUAACUUAACAAAAAAACCCAAAACCUAGUGUUGAGGUUUCUAGCAUAAAGUGUGUUGGAUUAACGUCCAUCCAAGGCUGCUUAACAAAUUGUGUUGAAUUGCAGUUUUUACAGUGUGUGUUCGUCUGCUCCUUCAUGUCCAUGGUAGUCCAGCACCUAGGGGAAAAUGCACCUGAUUUUGAGUCGGUAUAAUAUCUUUUAAGAUGUAUUUCAACACCGAGGAGGAAAUGGUCCUAAAGUAAAUUUAUAAUAAGUAAUAAAUGUGCACCUGGAAGUAAAGUCUUUACAACAUUUAAAUCCCUAUUUAUGACGUGCAUCUCAAACCGAGGAGGAAACUCUGAGAAGACAAAAGUACCUCCGAGACCCUGAGAACUCCCCCACAACAGCGUGAAUGAAACCGUAUCCAAUACAGUAACUGGAUUAUAAUUUUUGGUGUUAUUAAUUUUAUUAUUAUUGGCUGCUUAACUUUUUUGGGUUCAUCCUGCUCCUCUUCUUCCUCUCUCCCUUCCUCUUGCUGCUUCCUCUUGGGAAUUAUGGCUCAUCCGGGGAGAAGAGGCUACGAUAACCGGGAGAUAGUGCUGAAGUACAUCCACUAUAAACUCUCUCAGAGGGGAUACGACUGGGCUGCCGGCGAGGACCCGGCACCCUUGCCUCCAGGUCUCUCUCCUCCUGCUGCUGCUGCGGUUGCUGCUGCUGCUGGGACUUCCUCUGAUCACACUGGGCUGGUGUCUCCGCACCCCGAGCCCCCUGGCUCGGCUGCUGCUAGCCACGCGCCCCCAGCCGAGGGGCAGCGCCCCGCACCCCAGGUCGUCCACCUUGUCCUACGCCAGGCAGGGGACGAGUUUUCCCGCCGCUACCAGAGGGACUUUGCCCAAAUGUCUGGCCAGCUGCACCUGACGCCCUUCACGGCCAGGAGCCGCUUCGCGGCGGUGGUGGAGGAGCUCUUCCGAGACGGGGUUAACUGGGGCAGAAUUGUGGCCUUCUUCGAGUUUGGCGGUGUGAUGUGUGUGGAGAGCGUCAACCGGGAGAUGUCUCCCCUUGUAGACAGCAUCGCUGCCUGGAUGACUGAGUACCUGAACCGGCACCUGCACAACUGGAUCCAGGACAACGGAGGCUGGGAUGCCUUUGUGGAGCUGUAUGGCAACAGUAUGAGGCCUUUGUUCGAUUUCUCCUGGAUCUCUCUGAAGACUAUCCUGAGUCUGGUUCUGGUGGGAGCUUGCAUCACUCUUGGCGCUUAUCUCGGACAUAAGUAGAGUCACCCAGUUUAUUGUGGAUUACAAAAGUCUUUCAAAACAACAAAAUAAUAUUUUUUUUUCUCUAGCACAAUGAUAUUUUAUGAGCAAAGCAACUUCCCAGCGAAAGAUUAAAUCAGCUAUUACUGCCAAAGGAAAUAUCAUUUAUUUUUACAUUGCCGGAAAAUUAUUUAUUAAAAGAUAUUUACAUUUUUACCUGCUAUUUUCAGAACCUCAGCAAGUUGUAUCUGUCAUCGCAUCGUAUUGUUAUUCUUAAUUUUAAUGAGCCCCAGAGUAUUUUAGGUUUGGUUGUUUUUUUUUUAAUUAAUGCCACUGGCUGGAUUAUUUUAUCUCUGAAGAGCAAAUAUACUGACAAAGACCUACCUGCUUACACUUACGAGGGCAGUUACUUGAGCUGCUAAAGCCUGCGAAAUUGUGUUGAUUCUCCUUGCAUUUUCCAGGAGGGAUCUGAAAGACAAGGUCAGCAUGAACAAAGUUCUCACCCUGUCCUGCUGGCAAGAACUGAUGUAGUAAACAAUUCAACAUGGUACAUAUGUGGAGUCAAGAUGGAGACUUCUUGAAGGACCACUCGGCUAUCCCUACAGGACAACAGUUGGAAAUAUGAUUGUCUAUGCCUUUUAAACAGGUGUUUUCCAGUUACCAGUUGUGCCAUCCCAUCAUAAUCACAAUACCCACACAAUACAUGUCAACCUUUUUUUUAAUAAGUGUGAAGUUAAAUCUUUGGGGCUCGCAGGAAAUUGCUGUUCCAAUGAUUUUCUCAGCAGUAAAAUGUUUUUUGUGGCUACUGACACAGAAACAUCAGGAGACCUUAAGUGCCUGCUUCAACAGAGCAGAGCUAGAGUCUGAAGACCUGACCUGUGUCCCACUUUAGUGGGCUCAUAUCUGCAACUAAUCCUGCUUACUUACAGAGUUCCUCCAGGGGUUUGAAACCAAUUAGAUAUGGUCUCUAAAUCCCUGAAAGUUGAAAAAGAUCUUAAUUUUAUUUGGCAAGAAGCAGACCUCAGCUAAGUUACAGAUUAGCUCUGACUAUCCUUGUUUAUCAAACUGGACACCAAAAUCAAGUUCGUUUUCAUAACAGGAAAAGAAAGUGAGAUUUAUCAUCCCACCCCUCACCCUAAAAAUUAUUUCAUGCCAAUUAUUUCCUAAGACUGUCUGCAGAAGAAAAGAUAAUGAAGAAACUCAAAAUCCUCUUUCUGGACAGAGACUCUCUGACACCUCGAUCAGGCAGGUGCCUACUGUCAUCUCAAGUGAAAAUAGGGUGAAGGAAAAGGGGAAGUGGGAGGUGUGAAGUCAUCUGCUCAUGUUACAAAAUGCAACGCAAGUAAAAUUAAUGCAGAGUACAUAAUACAGUUUUAUAAACAGACCUGUGUUCUGAAACCAGAUGUGUCAAUGCCUUUUAAAGCAGGGCUUUCUGUGAGCUCGAAGGGGGCCGGGAGUCCCCUAGAAACUGAAGACUCUGAAGCGUGUCCCAGGGGCUGUUCUGAAGCAUGGAAAUGUCCAGCUUCAAAUGUUUUAAGUCCUGCGCUUCUAUUUUUUCUAUGAAACUUUUGAAAUCUGGGAUUUUUGGGUAAAUGAACAUCCAGAUAGAAAAGGAAAGAUUGCAAAGCUCUCGAUAAAAUGUACCAUACAGUACAUAAGUGCUCAAAAGGUGAAAAACAUACAGUGAAUAAACUGUAGCUCCAACCUCAAGAUUUCAGUUGAAUAACUUUGUGGCAUUAUAUGCAAAAUAUCUCCUGUAACUCGGGAAUGUAAUAUGUUCAAUGUUAAGGCUGUAGUUGAUGUUGAGUCUUCAAAGCUGCUUUUAUGUUUGGUUGUUUUUUUUAAGAGUUGUACAUCUCAGCAUUUUUACUGCUAUUUAGUCAUGGCACCUACACUUUGUAUGAGCAAAGAUAAGAUGGAGCAAGCUUACAUUUCAAAUUUGAAAUUACUUAAUUUUAUAGAAACUUAGAAAGGAAAUAUUUUUAAGAACGCAAAAAUGUGAACUAUGCUUGAUUAAAGAAAAAGGAAAAAUCCCACCAUCAAACAAAAAGUACCUGCAAUGCUUUCAGAGUGCUUCUGUCAGAAGUGGGGAUGCUCAUAUAUGAUUUGUAUGAAAAAUAUUUGAAAUCAGAGGAACUGAAUAUUGUGAAUUGAGUGUGGGCUUUGUUUUUUCUUUCAGCUUCCAAGCUGAAUUUGUCUGCAGCCAAUUGCACAACUGGAAUUGGCUGGUAUCAAGCUAAUGUUUCAUUUCACAAUCUAGUCUUUGUUUCAAUUUGUGCCCAUCUGCCCAUUAAAGUUUAUUAACUAUUAGACCUCAAAUUGUUUCAAUAUUGUUUAUUUUAUUAAAGGUUUACAUUGUCAAAAGUAGUAAAAGUAUCAAUUCCAGUGCUGCUAUACUGCCAGGAUAAUUUGAAUGGGUUUUAGUUUUUAAUACCUUCCAAUGGCUAAAGUUUUUUUAAAGCUGCUUUAGAAAUAAUAUGAAGAUGACACAUGAUACACAUUUAAAUAAGUACUGACGAUUUUGUGUUCUGUUGUGUCUACUCACUGGACUUCCCAGUGUAUCAGUUAAUACCUGGCAAAAAGAAGAGUCAUGAUGACUGUUGAUGAUUUUAUUUUAUUAAAGAGCCAAUGGAGUUUUCCCAUCCUGACUGCAGAAUAGUACAGUAUUGUGGCUGCAUUAGGUAUAAUGAUAGUUGAUAAUACAUUUAUUAAGAAACAUAUUAGAAACAUUGAAUGUAUAUAAAAGCUUGAACUUCUUAAAUAAAAUCCUCUCCUUUCACUCUUGCAUUUCUUUUGCAAUCAUUCUUGUCUUUCCUACUCUUCAUUACACUCUCAUGUAAGAUUUUUUUCCCCACAAAAUGCCUUAUAGACCUCCACACUCAAAGACUACGCUUCAGUGGCUUCAGUGAAAACCCAUCCUCUGCCACUAUGUAUGCACAGAUAGCUGACCACUCCUGGCAUAUCCAAAUUGUAAAAGCAAAAAAAAAAAAAAAAGGUCAAGAAGUGGAGGGAAACAGAUCACUGAAAGACCUUCUUGGUUAAACAUGAUUCUACCUGGCAUUUGUUUAUCUUUUAUCCUUUCCACUGAAAAAGGAUGAUAUAAGGGCAGAGAAAAAGCUUACAGAGACCCCACAGUUCUCUGCAGAACUUUGUUAAUGCUGAAGGCAGUCUUUUGCAAAACAGCAAAUCUCUAGGCAUUGAGAAGAAAUACUUGAUUUUGCUGUAUUCAGCUUAUGUGUCCUUAAUUCUUUUUCACUCCAUUUAUUAAGAAAAUAAUGAAGAAAAAUAUUUUGCUUCUGAAAAGAAUAAUCUAUGAGAUCAUCUAAGAUCUGUUGUAGAUCAUUAACUUAAGAAACUAUGGAAAAACAAGAAAAAAAAUUCUGGUAGCAAAGCAUUCUUAAACCAGAGCUGACACAGAGUACAUUUCUUAAUGGAACAAGCACUGGAUCCACCAAAGGACUAAUGGGGCUGUCGAGGUAACAGAGAAUAUACAGAUAAGGAAGGGGGCUGGAAGAUAUGGCGAAUGUCAUUGUUAUGUAAGAAAAUCUUUAGUUUCAUGUGUUGCAGGAGUUCACCCAAGACAGUCUGAAAAUUACUUUUGACUAAAAGCAGCUACAAAUGUGUGCACUACGUGGCUACAAUUGCUAAAAAUUUUCAGUUACAAAAUUAUUUGUAAAUUAUUAUAAAAUUAUCCAGUCUAUAAAAGUUCAUCAAUCUGCUGUUGUGAUUGGGGAUUAUGUAGCCUGAGUAGGUUUGCACUAAUAAGGAACAAUUAUGAAGAAAUGUCUGAAACCUAAUGUGCAAAGGCAACAUGAAGGUGAUGCAGUUCAAAGAACACAGAUCCAGUACCCCCAAUCCUUGCAUGCACACAGUCUCCCCAGCUGAGGCGGUGAGUCUGGACUGCAUGCUUUGACCCUGAGGCACGACACUGCUUGGCUGUGCACCUGCACUCCACAAACCUAGAGGUCCUAUUGAUUAAAAGUAUACUAAAGUAGCAUGUUUAAAGCCUUUCUUAUUUUUCCUGUCUCUAUCUCUGAAUAAACUAGGAAAAUGAUUCAUUUGUAUAAUGAGUUUAAGGCUCAGUACUAUAUGAAAAUUUAUACAUCUUUUAAUUUAUGACUAUAAAAAUUAUUUCUCAUUGCAAAAGCCUAGCUUUGUUUUUCAUUCCUAUCUCUCUUUCCAACAAAGCUAAAUACAAGGAAGACAAAAGAGCUAAUUUAAUCUGUAUUUGGUUUAAAUCACACUUCUAUACUAAGUUAAUGCAGCUUCAUGACACAACAAAAUUAUCUUCCAAAAGUAGUACAGCAUUAAGAGUUCCACACAAAAACUGUAUAUUUUUAUAAUUUAAAUAGCGUAUUUUUUCUUUUUUUUUUCUGCAUAUUUGAAUUUUAAUUAUCACCAGCAUAAAUGUACAUAAGCAGAUAUUGUUUAUCCAGUAUCUUUGGAGAUGUAUGUAUGGUAAUGUAGUUUGUCAGUUUAUCAUCAUUCAAUAUGAUUAUGUUGUUCUUUGUCUUUCAAAUGUUAUCAGAACAUGCUGCCAUUAAACUUUCUAUGUCUGUCUAGUUUAUAUUGUGAAAUAUAAUAAAAGCACACUGUGAGAUA